ACACUUUAAUAUAAUUAAUGCAUCAUAAUGAUCAGAAUUCAACUAAUGAACUUUUGGUAGUUUGUUUUUGCACAGGUGAUAGAAAUCUACCAAGGUAGGGAAUGUUUCAUAACUCCUAAUUUGUAUGUUUUUCAGUUUUUUGUUUCACGAUAUUAACUUGUGUUAAAUCUGUUUGCAGUAUGUUGUAAAAAAGGUUUGUGAGAUCAAAUGGUCUUGACUCUUUGCUUAGAUAGACGAUUCAGUAAGAUAGUUCUACUAAUGAAUGAAUAGGGACAUGGACCUUACUGAUUAAAGAUUUGUGAGAACUAGAUUAUUCAUAAAACGGCAUUUUACAAGGUAUUUAUACUAAGAACUUCUUUAUUGUUAGGGCAUUGAAGAAACUGGAAAAAUACCUAAGCAAUGUAUAAGAUGGGUAGCUUCAUCUCCAAGGCAUUAUUACCCCAUCCGUGACAAUAAAUUUGCAAUCCCCUAAUAUAGGAAAUAUCUGUCUUUGUUUGUGUUGUUGUCACUUUGAUAUCAGUCUUUAGCUAGAUUCUUGUGUAGAGUAUUUCACGAAGAUCAAUGGCUCUUCAUUCCGGCUACACUCUAAAUACUGACCAAAACAUGAAUGAGAAUAAUAAGCUUCUUUUCUUUCAAUAAAAAUUACAUCAUUUAUAAAGAAUAAUGUUUCAUAGGUUCUUUCUUACUUUUCAUUUUUUUAAACAAAAAACUUUUUUUAUCUAAUUAAAAGAAAAGACAUAUUUUCCUCCUCAUUCCUAGGCAUGGGCAUUCGGGUCCCAAUCGAAUUUCGGUUUUGUGCACUUGGGUCUCAGUUUUUCGGAUUUAUCAAAAUCUGCCCUAUUCAGUUUAUAUGAAAGUUUGGUUUGGGACCGGUUCAGGUUCUAUCGGAUUCGGGUUAGAAUUAGUAAAUCUUUAAAAAACCGUUUCUUCGAUUUAAAAGUACCUGGUUUGUAUUUAUUUUAUAACCAAAACAUAAGUAAAAUUGGUUCUUCAGUUUUAUGAUUUGUACCUAUUUUGUAACCAAAACAUAAGUAAAAUAGAUUCAAAAAUAAGAAAACAAUAUCAAACGUGAUCAUUCAAAAAAGAAUGGUAAACAUAGUUAUUGAUAGAAACAAUACCAAAUAAAUAAAAUUAUAAAACAAAAACCAAGUUCUCAUCAAAUGAGAAACAUUAUUCAAUGAAAACGGAACUUAAAUCUAAAAACUUCAAACUUCAACUGCCACCUUCAACCAUCAACAUUCAUGUAAUAGAUAAUUAUUUUAGAUGUUAAAUAAUAUCUUAGUGUAUUUUGGAUACAUAUUAGGAAUUGAGAUCAUGUUUGGUACAAGUUUUUUUGGAAUUUCGAAUGCUUCGGGUUCUAUCGAGUAUCCAUUUAGGUUCGGGUCGGAUAAUACCCAUUAUCUGAAAUACUAUAAAACAAUAUCCAUUUGGUAUUUAUGUUGGGUCCGGAUCGGUUCGGAUUAAUUUUUAUCGGAUCGGUUUCGGUUCGGGUUUUCGGGUUCGGUUUAUUUGCCCAGCCCUACUCAUUCCUAUUAUUUUGUUCAUUUUCAUUUAUUAAAUUAUUCUUAUUCCUUCUGACUACAAAAUUAGAUUAUUUAUAGAAAUGCCAUUUUUACAAAGUAUUUAUACAAGCACUUUAUUGUUGCUAGGGCAUUGAAAUACUGGAAAAAUGCGCCAGCAAUGUAUAAGAUAGUAGUUUCAUCUCCAAGGCACAUAUCUGUGUCUUUGUGUGUGUUAUCUUUUUGAUAUCUGUCUUUAGCAAAGAUUAUUCACGAAGAUCAACGGCUCUAAAAAGCAGAGGAAUGUUAUUCUAUUGGAUAGACAUGGUUUUUUGGACAAGACGAUAAAGUUUCUGGAAAAGGUAACUGUAACUCGAAAUUAUUCACCAUCUAUGUCGUCCACCUCGAGAGAUUCAAGACCAUAAAGAAGACAAGUGUCAUAAAAGUUCUCACCUUUAUGAAACUAUGUGUCCACCAUAAGAUUCCUUCCUAAUAUCCUCUCUGCCAUGAUAUAGACAUUAGAGAUUUCUUCAGAGGUUUUCUCUUGAAGUGUUUAACAAUGGCUCAUCAAUCUCUUCACUCUCCGACCAACCCACAUUUCUUCCAGCCUCUCCUUCCAGGCUUCCACACAUACCUCGUACUCUUAACUCUUUUCUUGUGCUCCAAGCACGUUGUAUGUUUCCUUUGCUUAACUUUUGUUGUAUGUUUGGUGCAGAACAUUCCUGUAGCUUUCUUCUCGAAACACGUUGAAGGAAGUAACGACCAUAUCAAAACUGCUAAACUGAGAACAGAUGCCUCAGCUAAAACAUGGUUAGUGGAGAUGGACGGCUUGAAACUCACAGAUGGGUGGGAAGAUUUUGCAGUAGCGCAUGAUCUACGGAUUGGUGACAUCAUCAUUUUCAGACAUGAAGGAAAGAUGGUGUUUCAUGUCACGGCUUUUGGACCAAGUUUAUGUGAAUUUCAAUAUACUUCAGCAUCAUCUCACAACAUCAAUGAUGUCAGUGAUGAUGAUCACACCAACAAAACUGUUACAGGAAACAGUUCAGGAGAGAAGAGAAAGAGAGUCAAGAAGAAUCCAAGAACGAAAGAAGAGUCUUCAUCAGAUCAUUCUCAUUUUGUGGCACAUGUCACACCCUCAAGUCUAAGUUGUGAUCGACUGUAUGUACCAAAGGGUUUUGCUAUGUCAAACGGUCUGGACAAUAUGAGCGGUAAGGAGAUCGUUCUUCUUAACGAGGAAGGAAAAUCAUGGAAUUUGAAUAUUACAUACAACGAAUCAGGCAUGCAUACAUUUGUCAGACCUGGUUGGAGAAGAUUCUGCGCUGAAAAUGGGAUAAGCCAAGGUCAUCACUGUACAUUCGAACUUGUCCGAAAAUCUGCACCACCAGUCCUUCGCUUGUCCCGUGCAGAACAUGAUCCAAAACCAGCUCCAGAAUCUUCAUUACACCAUUCUUAUUAUGUUGGAUCUGCCUCUUCUAAUAGUUUAAGAAUUGAUAAACUGUAUCUUCAGAUGAAGUUUGUGACUGCAAAUGGUAUGAAGAAAGGAUUCAGUGAGAUAAUUCUAAAGAAUGAAUGGGGAGGAAGAUGGAGUGUACGUUUGAGACAGUACGCAUCAAGCAACCGCACUUAUCUGGGACCAGGCUGGAAAACUUUCUGUCAAGUAAACGGGAUCAAAGCUGGAGAUCCCUUUAUGUUUAAACUAGUUGAAACUGGGGACAAGCCUGUUCUCUUGUUGUGCAGUUCCAACCGUGGGGAAACGCCGUUAGAGUGUUCAGAUGAUGUAAACUCCCUCUCCUCAGAUACUAGCAGCGGAGAAGAAUCCCAAGAAAGUGAAGAGGAGAGUCUUGAAGACGAUAGCAGGUCGAAGGAUUGCGUUGAGAUGGAGAAAAGGAAGAGUAGCUUGAGAUGCAAAUGUUCAUCUUCAUAUAGUAAACACCGUUUUGUGAGAUUAACUCUUACACAGAACGCUCUUAAAACCUCUGUACAGCAUCUUCCGUUGGGUUUCACGCGGGUGAAUGGCAUCAACAGGUCAAGAAAGAUAAUGCUGUUAGGUAAAGAUGGAGUGAAGAAAUGGGUGGUGGAUCUUUUGAAGAACAAAUCAACUGGAGCCAUGCGAAUUAGAAAAGGAUGGAGGGAGUUGUGUGAUGCUCAUGGUGUAAAGGUAGGAGAGUCCUUUCUGUUGGAACUCAUUCGGGAUGAAGAAGCAAUUCCUGUGCUUAAGUUCUGCACCAAACUCUGAGACUGCUGUGCCCAGAGAAGAAGACUCCUGUGGUACAAUAUUUUCUUAUACUCUGUCAAGUUUCUUUAAGUUGCAGCAGCUUGUUGACUGCAUAUUAUUCUCUUGUUGCUUCUGGCUAGAUGUCUACUUAUGGUUCAUAUCUCUAGUGUGUGUGUAAAAUGGCAAACACUUUGGCAUUCAUUUAAUCUCAAGCCACAUAGAUCCAAGUAUACAAGAUCUUGGAUAUAUUUUUAGUCAUACGUUUUAUAAAAUUAAAUUUAUAUAUUUAAUAUAUAAUAUAUAUGUGGAUAUAUUCUUCCGACAUGUUUACCCGUCCUAGUAUUUUUUAAAAUCACUGCUUUAAUAUAUAUAUACAGCAUUUUACAAGGUAAUUAUACUAAGCACUUCUUCAUUGGCAUUGAAGAAACUGAAAAAAUACCUCAGCAAUGUAUAAGAUGGGUAGCUUCAUUUCCAAGGCAUAGCGCAUCCGUGAAAUAACUCUUUUUACUAGGUUUUGAAAAGCUCGAAAUUUGCAAUCAGAAAUAAGAAAUAACUCUGUCUUUGUUUGUGUUGUUGUCACUCUGAUAUCAGUCUUUAGUCUCCACGAAGAUCAUUGGCUCUUCAUUCCGACUACACUUUAACUGGUGGCCAAAACAUGAAUGAGAAUAACAAAUUUCUUUUCUUUCCAAAUUACAGCAUCUAUAAAGAAUACUUUUUCAUAGGUUCUUUUUUAUUUCUCAUUUUUUAAACAAAAAGCAUUUUUUAUUAAAUUUAAAAAGACAUAUUCCAUCCCCAAUCCUAUUAUUUUCUUCAUUUAUUUUAUUAUCCUUAUUCCUACUAACUAAAGAUUGUGAAAAUUAGUACUACUUUUUUUUUUUUUCACUAGUAUUAUAACAUAAAAAGUGUUACAAGCUUAAAAUACAAGAGAAACUUAAGGAAAGAAACAGAAAAAACAAAGAAACCCAUGGAGAGUUUAGGUAAAAUAUUGCCUAAGCCAAAAAGGAAAACGAGAUUGCGAUUCCACCUUCCAAAAUACUAGCUCUUGAAGCAUGGAGGAGAGCUUGAGAUAGUAGAACUUUAGGGAGGGCCAAGAGGAAGGGUUUUUAAUGGCACCUACCAGAUUGAGGUCUUCACUCGAGAAGAUAACAAAGUUUAUACGCAAAGAUUUCAUACUUUCAAUUGCCCAUUUCCAGCUUUCAAAAGCUGCAUCUAACUUGUUGCAGAUGUUUGUAAAGGAUCUUCUUCCAUGAAGCAUGACUUUUCCUGAUGAGUUCCUAAGGAUCCAAGAUGCACCACUCUCUGAUCUGUUUUUGUUCCAAGAAGAUGCAAUGUCGCAUUUGGACCAGCCAAGCGGAGGAGGUUUCCAUCCAAAAAUGAUCCUUUUCUUUCUUUCAAUGUCAAUAGCUUUGUCAUGACUCUCCAUCUCUUUGAUUAAAAACCAGUGUUCCACUUCUUCGAAUAUGGAAUUUACAAACUUCUGACCCACUGAUAAGCUACCCUUAAAGAGAAGAUCAUUCCUAUUCUUCCAUAUUGACCAUAUAAUCCAAGGGCCACUCCUUCUGAUAUGGGGAAGACAAUUUUGAUUAUUUCCCAUCUUUAGAACAAAGAAAAUGUUGGAGUAGAUGGAGAAAGGAUCAAAACCAUUCUCAGGAGUUGGGAAGUUACAAAGGGCCCAAGAUUGUCUAGCAAUGGUACAGGUGAACAAAACGUGGUUCAUUGAUUCACCCUCCAUACCACAGAUCUGACAGCGUGAAUCUACCUUCAUACCUCUUUCAAUAAGAUGAUCAGCAA